UCCUUUUCUUAUUUAGCUGUUGCAUGAGGGUAAGGUUCUACUGGCUUUGUUUAAUUAUUUAAAACCAAACGAAAAGGGAGGAGCACUUGGUAUGUCUGCAGCCCAGUAUGAAGAAUUGCAGCUUCUUGCUAUUGCCACAUUAGCAACAAUGGCUCCCUUACUGAUAGAAGACUAUAUGCUGUGCCAGGGAAAUACUCGCCUUCUGCUGUUUCUUGAAUGGUGUGUGAGCAGUGAUCCCUUCUUUACUCAAGGUAAUAGUUUCCAUGGUACAGGUGGUCGUGGCACCAAACUUGCACAGAUGCGCUUCUGCUUGAGAGUCCUGAAUCCAGUUGUAUCUCUCGGUGAUGAUGCUCUGAACGUUGACCUUUGUGAUCAAGGAGCAAUUCAUCAACUGUUGGGUAUCUUAAAAUUUACCACAAGUAAUUAUAAAGAUUCUGCCCUUGUGAUGGAGAUUCAAAGUGAUAUCUUACUUAUUCUAUCAACUCUUUGUGAAAGUAAUAUCCAUAGAAAGGAGCUCUUUGGAUGGGAAGGAGUGGAUACACUAAUUCCAUUUAUGAAGAUAGAUGAUAAAAAUUUCUAUAGUGGAUUGGGUCAUAAUCGUCUUCUUUUCUGUGCUCUGGACUGCUUAUGGUGCUGUGUCAUGGGUUGCACUAUUUUAGAAGACUAUUUUCUUGAAAAAGAAGGUCUCUUCACUCUAUUAGAUUUGCUUUUA